AUGCUCCUCCUCAUCGCCGGCUUCAUCUCCGCCGCCGGCCUAGUGUGGGGAUUCAUCUACAGCCUGUCCUGGCCCUCGACAUUGGCCCUAGUGCUCAAGAUGAUCUUCCGCGACUUUAUAGCUCUCGCCCUUUUGUCAGCGUUCAUCUUCUACCAGACCGCCAACAGGCUCCUCCUCUCGACCUCGGCGACGGGACAACGAGAGAAAGUCGAGUUCGCAUACGCCUUCGACGUGGCCGUGAACGCCUUCUGGCCCCUGUUCCUCACGCUCUACUUGGGUCUGCUGCCUCUUGCCGCGCUCGUCGUGCGGCGCAACUGGGCAAGUCUGUUCCUCGGCAAUUCCCUGUUUUUGCUGGCGCUCGGGCAGUAUGUGUAUGUGACGUAUCUGGGAUACUCGGCGCUUCCCUUUGUCGCCCGCGCCGAGUUGUUUCUGGCGCCCCUGCUCCCGCUCGUCGUUGGGUGGGUGCUUAGCUUGCUCGGGCUCAAUGUGGCGCGCUGGGCACUCGAGACGUACUUUGGUCGUCCUUGGUAG